GUCGCUCCACGUCCAGUCCCGCCAUGGCCUUUUGGACGGGCUUCAGUGAGCGUUCGCCGGCCUUAGAGGUGGCUAAUAGGGCGGCCCGCAGCUGCCAGUCGCGCUCCAGCGACUCCUGAAAGGUCACACAAGGUCACAUGGGAUCACACGGGGUCAUGGAAGAUGGGAUUGGCACAGGGGUGGACCAGGCACAGCAUGCGGUAGUCUGAUAAGCCAUUGGGAUCGCAGAAUGUUGCGCAUGUGAAUGCAAAAGCGAGAGAAUCUAUUGCUAAGUGAGAAUGAACACCAGUUUCAUGCGCUGUUGAUGGAAUAACACGGAUUAGACGUUACGCAAGCACGAACUAUAGGUUAAUAUGUUGCCGUCACGUCCGUCAUAUUUGCGGAUUCAGAUUCGCUAUUCAUCAUUUGCGGAUAAUCCGCAUAUAACUCACGGCGUUCUUUUGGUUGUGGAGUUUGGUGAGCUGUCGCAGCUCCGUUUCGGCCUCCUGCAUUUUGACCCGACUGAGCUCAAUCUCCUGCUGCACGUUCCGUUCGAGCUGCUCAUAGAAGGCCUUCAGUUCACGCUCCAUCCUGUCGGACCGUUAUAAAAUCGCUGUCAUGCUAAUGCUUCAUCGUUAAUCGUAGUUAGACGAACAUUACAGAUAUGGGGAAAGUGUGAGUCGAAUCUGGACUAAUCAAUCUCAGCGGCUGUAUCAACCAAAUGAUACUGGGAAUCGUGUAUGGGAGAUGGGAGAAAGGUGAGACCACAGCACUGUCCAAAGAAACGGUACAAUCCCGAUGGAAAUCAUCCAUCCUGAGACUGUCAGUUGACGGGCAUGGCUUACACAACAUGUGGCCAGUGUCAUGUACCAAGGCGGCCGCGCCGGGGACAGAUAGCGCUGUAUCAGCGUCGGGGGUCGCCCGUCCACGGGACCACACCCGGGUGGGUCCCACGCCAUCGGCUUAGGGGCGUCCGUCGGCCUGGGAGGCGGCAGGUGGCGGCCGUGGCAGCCUCGCCCGCGGUGUCUGCCGCCCGCGCCGGCCGCCACUCGUCCCCCUGUCGUCCCUGCGGACGCUGCCGCUCCCGCCGCCAUGCUGCCGCUGCUCAGCGUCGUCUCCCUCUCCCUGCUGGCGUGCGCCGCCGGCCGGCGCUCGCCGCCGCUGCUGAUGGCACCGCCGCACGUCGGCGACGACCCGCUGCCUCCCGACCAGUGGUACACGCAGCAGCUAGACCACUUUGACGCCAGCGAGACGCGCACCUGGCAGCAGCGCUACCAGGUGAAUGACUCGUUCUACCAGCCCGGCGGGCCCGUGUUUCUCAUGAUCGGCGGCGAGGGACCGGCCAGCGCUGUCUGGCUGGUGUCUGGAACAUGGAUCGACUACGCCCAGCAGUACGGCGCCCUCUGCUUCCAGCUGGAGCAUCGCUUUUACGGCGAUAGCCUGCCCACGGAGGACAUGAGUGUAGAAAACCUGCGCUACCUGAGCUCGGAGCAGGCGCUGGCCGAUCUGGCCGCAUUCUCCGCCGCCAUGACGGAGCAGUACGCGCUGCCCGAAGGCACCAAGUGGGUGUCUUUCGGAGGCUCCUACCCGGGCAGCCUGUCCGCCUGGUAUCGACUGAAAUACCCGCACAUGGUGCAUGCUGCCGUCUCCACCAGCGCCCCGCUGCUCGCCAAGACCAAUUUCUUCGAGUAUCUCGAGGUGGUCAACUAUGCCAUCCACGCCAAGUCGGGCGACGAGUGCUAUGGCAACGUCGAGCUGUCGUUCCAGGCGGUGGAGGACCUCCUGCAGGACGCCGCCGGCUGGGCCACGCUUACCGACAAGUUCAAACUCUGCUCCAGUCUGGACGGAACCAACUCGAACGACGUCUCCAACCUGAUGCAGAACCUGGCCGACCUCUGGAGCGGCGUGGUUCAGUACAACGAGGACAACUUCGGCUUCCGCGGCGGCAGCAAGCUGGCCAACAUCACCAUCAACACGCUCUGCGACAUCAUGAACGACGCCGGCACCGGCUCGCCGCUCGACCGGCUCGUCGCCAUCAACGAUCUCAUGAUGGACGCCUACGAGGAGACUUGCCUAGACUUCAGCUACGACAGCAUGAUCGCCGCCAUGCGCGACACCGACUUCAGCAGCGCCAACAACACGGGCAUGCGCCAGUGGAUCUACCAGACGUGCACCGAGUUCGGGUGGUACCAGACCACCGAGUCGGCCGACCAGCCGUUCGGGAGCCGCCUGCCGCUGCCCUUCUCCAUUCAGCAGUGUGUCGACGUGUACGGCGCCCAGUUCGAGCAGACCUUCAUUGACGCCGCCGUGGCGGCCACCAACACCGACUAUGGCGCUCGCCAGCUGCCCGCCAAGCGCGUCGUGCUCGUCAACGGCAGCAUCGAUCCGUGGCACGCCAUGGGCAUCAUCGAGAGCUCCGACCCGGACCGGCCGGCCAUCUUCAUCAACGGCACUGCGCACUGCGCCAACAUGUACCCGGCGCGGGAGGAGGAUCUGCCCGGGCUGACGGCGGCGCGCCAGCAGAUCGGCGAGCUCAUCGGAAAGUGGCUCCAGGAGGACUGAGCCUCAGUGAACUGAACAACGCAGGACAACACUGGGGAGUCGCACAGUUGCCGAGGGAGGGGUUACGCCCGUCAGCUCACAUAGUCGUUUGAUGUAUCCAUCCGUCAAACAAAAACUGCCUCAAUAAUCCAACCUAAAAUCGACCUAAAUACAGAACGGAGCGCAUUAAUUAUCGAAGGAUGUUUUACGAAUAGUGAUUUUUCUUGGUCAAGCUGCAUGUUUGUGUUAUAUGUACCCAACGAAGUCCAUGCAUAUUAUUUCCUCGGUCCAGCAUUUCUGUUUUAUGGAACGAAGUUCAUGUAAAUACAUUUGAUAUUUCGA